AUGAUUGAUGGCGUGGGCAUGUGCGUACCUGAGCCCACAGAGCUCACCACCUGCUGGGCGAUGGGGGAUCCACACCACAGAACAUUUGAUGGACAACGUUUUGACUUCAUGGGCACGUGCACAUAUGUCAUGGCUAAAAACUGUGGAGCGAGAGGUCUUCCAGCGUUUGAGGUUCUGGCUCAAAAUGAAAACAGAGGCAACCGCAAAGUGUCCUACGUUGGACUGGUCGUGGUGACGGUGUACAAUACGACUAUUUCGGCAGUACGCUCAGAGACGGGCUACGUCAGGGGCCAUCCGAGGUGCGCCAGCGUCUUUGAGCGCAGCGGCAGAGACGGUGUGCCCGCAGGCCUGGAACCACAAAGUGCACAGACACCCCAACGGAUAGAGCUGAGAAGUGUGGAAGAGGUGCAGGAAGCAAAGUUUCCUGUUUAA